UUCGUCGGCCUAUAUAAAAGCAGCCGCCAUUGACGGUUCUCCAGGUCGUGAAAGAGCAGGUCGGGAUUUGCAUGCACACCCGGAGCAUCGUCGUCGACAACGUUACGACGUAGAAGAGAAGAAAAGAGAGAAAAAGGGAAGAACUGUUCAUUAGCCUGUUUAUCCUGAGGGGUGUCACGUGGAUGAGAGAUUAAAUUAAUCAGCACAAUGGCAUUGCCACGGUGGAUCCUGCCGCUGCUGAUCCUGGGAACCGGCGCGAUCACGCUGGUUCCCGCGGCUCGGCAAUUCCAUGAUGAGCUCCUCAGGAACAAUCUGCGGAAGCAGAAAAGAUCUCUGGACGAGACGGAUUCGCCGGAGUAUUACAAUGACCUGCACUCAUUUAAGUACCAUGACGGCAACAACAUGCGAAAGUUCGACCGCUAUUACGACGGGGACACUGAGGAGAUCGAGUUCCUACCUGGCGUUUCAGACAACGGUCAGUUGGAAACAGUGGGGGAGGGUCUCCAGGGCAUGAACAACAAGCUACUCGAAAGAGCACUGCUCGAUUAUCUGGAGACUCUACCUGAGCAGGAAGAACCGGUUGCCUCGAUUUUCCGCGAACGCGAGCGAAGUGGUAGCCGUAAACGGGGUGGCGCCGGAGAACGUAUGAACCUGGACGACAAGGAUCCGACGAAGCUAUUCGUGGAGGAACUGCAGGACGGUUCUCCGUACGGUGCGCUCGUGGAAGUGGAUGACGACGAUUAUCUAACCGCUUUACAAUCGCUUUAUGACAGAUACAGAGCUGGUAGAGGGAACAAAGUAUACGAAACGACAGGACCAAUGUCUUGGGGCGAGCUGCUUAGCAAAGACCCGUUGCUGAGAAGCCAGACGAAGAACGGCAACGACGACGAAUUCGUGGAUCGCGAUCAGGAUCAGGAUAUCCUGUACUUGCCGGCGGAACGUAGAAAUGGUCCCCGUUUAGGCCGUGAAUUCGGCAGUUAUCGUAAACUGACCAAACGCUAUCCGGUCGCUAAGAGAAGCCCCAGGCCGACCCAAACCAGAUUAAAGUCCACGGAUCCCAAGGUUGCUCAAGACCUGGGAGCCUUAUUCGGCACGCAAUUCACGGACUCGCACAAUUACACUCAUAAAUCCGAUCACGAUCACGACCACGAUCACGAACGCAAGCAGGAAUUUAACCAGAGUCACAAUCACGAAUACAAGCACGAACCCAAUCAGAAUCACGAUCACGAACACGAGCACGGUAGUCACGAAGGCAAGUCAGAAGCGCCGUUGAAAGUGACGCCGGCUCCGAAGGGUCAGAAGGAAAACACUACGAAGACGGCCAAAUCGAAAUUCGUCCAAGUGAGGAAGAAGAGUGUCGAUUGGUCGCAAUAUUUCGGCAUCGAUCGAAGGAAGAAGAAGGCCACCUUCACGGCCGGACAAGGCACGCAGAAUCAGGACGACGAGUGGAUGCUGCAACGCUACUAUGAGAAUAUGGCCGAAAAUUUGAAGUCAAAGGACGACGAGAAUGAGCGGAAGGAUAAACUUGAGCAGAUGGACUCUAAAUUGAAAUACAUUAAAGACCUAAUUAUUGAAGAAGCUAUGAGGUACGCCGCUUCGGAAGAUGAAGCAGAUCUGCAAAAGGUGAAGGAUAAGUUAAUGUCACGAAUGGCAACGGCUUAUUCGUUGCAGAAGAUGCGAAAAGCACUGAGCGAGCUUCGAAAUAAUGUCGCAGCUCAGAAAGAGGCACAGAGGAUGCAGAAAGAGGCGCACAGUAAUUUUACGUCUAAUUUUCGGGAAAAUAGCAACAGCAACACUAAUCCAAGUACUAACAGCGGCACCGACAGUAAAACCAACGAGAAACGAAACAAUAUCAAUAACAAUUUAGAGGAAAGCGAGUCCGUAGAUAAUUUGGCCGGCGACACGUCUCGGAUGCUCUACGUGCCCUGUGUGAAACUGCAGAUCUGCAAAGCUUGCACGCAGGACGAGGAGGGGCUGUUACCCUGCCUCGCCAAUUACGCCCUGGAGGCUGGCAAGGUGUGCGACGCGUUGGAGACCAGAGACGAGCAGCCGCGGAUGACGGCGGUGCACGAGGGCGAGAGGCAGUCGUGCGCAAACACCGCGUUGCUGCUGUCGCAGUUACAUCCUCCCGGAGCGGCGACCACGCAGUGUCGCGCGCGGAACGCCCGCGACUCGUGUUUGCGGCGGUAUCACGCACGAUACGAGCACCGAUACUUCCGCACGUCGCCGGCGUACGAGGGCACCGGGCAUCGCUCCCACCAUGAAGGCGCCCUCGACGCGUUGCAGCAAACCAUGUACGAACGAUAAGGAUCACGCGAGCGAGAGGAAGCCACCCCGGUUCGGCCGCGCGAUACGGUGGACCGCCAGUUAUCCGGAUUAACCGGGUAUCGCCUGAGUACCGAGUCCCUCUGACGAUCCGAUUGAACAGAGAUUUUUAAUUUAUAUCGAAACUCUGUUGUUGUUGUUGCUUACAUUUGUUAUUUUGUUCAAUCAUUUUUGGCCUACGUUUCUUUUUUACUUAGGAGCUUUGUCCGGAUAAUCUGCGGUUUACUAUUAUUAACCUUGCCCUUUGAGGACCGGAACUUUCUGAUUAAAUAACUUAUGGAAGAUUUUGUUUUCUGAGUGUUUUUGGAGUCACUAAAUUCGAUUCUGGCCUCAGAAUUCUAAAAUUUAAAUUCCAAAAAAUUGUCCGAUUAUCGUAAAAUUCAGUUUUAGAAGAAUUUCAUAAUCAAAAUUUGAAAGUCAGUUUAGAAAUCAGCUGUAUUGUUUGUGUAGCACUGAUGAGCUUGAAAUAAAGCAAAAUUGGAAACUUGAUGUUAUACUUCGCACUUAAAAACUCCCUAAGAGUUUUAUGACGGUCAAAUUAUUUUUUUUAAUUCCGCUAUAUUAAAUCCACCAUUUGGAAUUUUUUAUUUUUGACCUCAGAUUCGAAUAAAACAUUAAAUUAUUUCAUAGCUUCAUAAGUUAAGCUUCAUAAAAUCGAGAGCAAGCAGUUUAUAAAAUAAAAAGAGUUGACUUGAAAUGGAGUCGCCGGUCCACAAAGGGUUAAAGAAUCUUCCGUCGUAAUGAAGCAUGAAUCAAGACUAAUUCUCACAAAGUAUCAUACAAUCUAUACAGCACAGAUUUCCAAGAUAGGAAUGUACAGAAUCGUAAAAUUAAUUGAUAUCCAAAAAGAAUGUGACACCGGAUGUCCUACAACUGGUCGAAUAGCCGGUACAAUACAAUUUCCAAAAAUUCUAAAAAGAAAGGAAAGCAAGGGAAAAAUGAUUAAACUUCUUGAACAGUUCAUUUUUCUCCUUUUUCUUUUUACGUUGGGAAGAUAAAGAAAAUUAUUAUUGCUAAUUUUCUCUUGUUUUCCUCUUUCUUUAGAAUUUGUACCAGAUAUCCGGAAAAAUAUCCGGUUAUCUGGCCGAAUAAUUACGGAUAUCCGAUGUCACAUUCUCUUUGGAUGCCCCAUAUCUGCUUUCCGGUAAUUUUACAGUACAUUCCUUGUUUUAAUCAUGAAGAUGCUGUACGUAUGGUACCAGUUGAGGAUUAAGCGAUGCACGAAGAGUCAUUCUCGAAUCGAAUUAAAAUGGACCAGAAUGAUCGAGAGAGGGAUAUUAAUUUUUUCAGAAUGCUGGAAAAAAAUAGUACGCAGAAAAAACAAUAAUUAUGCAAAUGUACUCAGAGAAAGACAUAGUGAUAGCAACUAUAAAGAUGACAGAUAUAAGUUUUAUGUGUAAAAUUAAUGUACACAUUGAUAAUUAAACUAUUUUAUAAUUAUUGCAACUAUUAAUAGUUUAUUUAAUUAUGUACAUCAGUAUAUUCAACUAUAUACACUGAUUCUACUUAUUUAACUUAUUUGGGCAAUUGUCACCUUUACAGUUGCCAUUAUGCUUUUUUUCUAAGUGUGGAGUUUCCGUUUCUUUUCGAUUCGAGAUCUCAAAAAUACGAUGGUACUCGAUAUGUGAAACAGCAUUUUUUUGCAUAUGAUGCGUAUAAAUUUCUCGUCGGAUCGAGAUUUCAAAAUCCUGAAUUAAAAAAUUAUAAAAAAUUAUAAGAAAAAGAAGAUAAUGUCUAAUUAUAGCGAAAUGAUGCGUUUUAUUUGUUAAAAAAAACAAGCUUAUGAAGGAUUAAAAGGAGAGAAUAGAUAUGUCUAUAAAAAAAAAAUUAAGGGAAUAAGAUGUUUUAUCUAUUUGCGAGGUGUGCUAUCCCAAGCAGAACAAUAAGUCAUCAUGACAUCAAAAUGAUGUCAAAAUAACUUCAAAACGAUCAUUGAAAAAAGUCCUUUUUCAAUCAUUUACGACUCAUUUUAAUAUUAUUUUGACAUUAUCGUUCUGCUUGGGAAUCGUCUGGACGGCUUUCUGAAAAUACGUCCACCGUUUCUCUCCUACAUUGAACUGAACAACGAUUAACGAGUUAUAAAGACAAUAAUAAUGAUAUCCCUAACAGAGAUUUUAUUCGCACGACGACUUAUUGUAACGAAAAUCGAACUUCGCGAACGUUCGCCACCGAAAAGGAUCGCAAAAUUUCAUCGAACGAGAGUUUGGACGAACGCCUCGCAAAUGAAAGUCGAAAGGACGGGAUCCGAUGAUGUAAAAAAAAUAUAUGUGUAAACUAUUGUGUUAAGUAUCCCAAAAAGAAAAAAAAGUAUUGUAACAAGAGCGUGUGUCUCCCUUUAGCGCAUUAAUUCUCCGUACUCGCGCCAAUCAGGCGCGAUUAUUCGCGUUUAAUUUCUCGCAGACAGUAGUUACAUGCGGAAUCGUCAGUUCAACGCGUUUUUCAACGCCGAGAGACGUGACGAAAGAAAGAAGAAUAUAAUGAUAGAGAAAAAAGAAAGGAUACUUGACGCGGCUUCCAAAGAGUCUAUCUUCGUAAAUCUGUAUCUAUUAUUACUGUCUACUAUAUCAAAUAUUUACGUUACAUGGCGUUAUACGGAUAUCGAUACGCAUCGAUAUCGUGUCAGUCGAUGUGUCAGUAUAUUCGAAAUAUAAUAAAUACAUUUCAACAUAAA